CGCUGUUUCCAAUUCACCAUUGCUAACAGCCAUUUCAUUUAGGUCAUUUCUAGUUUUCAUUAUUUAUACAAUGACUGAGGAUGGAUUCCGAACGACUUGACAUGUCCGUGAAAGACCUGGGAUUUGGGAUUUAUCACCGCAAACAAUGAAUCGUUUUUUCAAUCCCAUCAAAGACCAAACCAGACGGGUGCAUUUUUAAAUAUAUAGGGCGCCUACAGACACAGUGUACAUAUUUUCAAAAAGGAUGACUGCACUCUGAACGGAGUCCGCAUAUUGGCCUACAGUUGAAUAUGGAAGCGGAUGGGUUAUCACUGAAAGUAUAAAAUCACAGGAGACUAGAAUGGUCGAAAAAAGGCGUCUCUUUUUUUGAUGGAGAAUCCAACAAGCAGAGCAAGACCCACAAUAAAAGCGUGAUGUUCUGUAAUAUGAACACCGUUAUUUUCAAAAUUGAGAUGCGUUUACCAGUGAUAGGAUCCAGUUGAUGACACCGAGAAAUAAGUAUUUGAAAACAGAAAAUAUUGUCAGAAUUGGAAUGUACCCAUUUGUUCUAUUCUGUCAGUGUGAUGGGAAUGUAUUGCUGAACAUUGGGAGAGCUUUAUGGAAAACCCGAAGACAUGACAUGCACACGAAAAAAGAGGAAACGAUCCUUUUUGUUCUUUAAAACCCGUGUUUAUUUAAGAAGUCUGCAACAGGCUUAAUUGACGGGGGAGCCUUGCAAAAGUAAAAGUAUAUGUGCAUUAAGAUCUGAUUCUACUGAGGUGACAAUACCCUGUAUAAAUGAUGUUUUCUGUCAUUUAAUUGUGAAGGAUGUCGACAUUCAUUGUGGAUUAUAUUUGGAAUUUAUGCUCGUUUUGUUGACCCCUCUAUGCCAUUUACUGUUGCUUUACCAUGAUCUUUGAAUCAUUUUAUAUUUAAUGUGGACUGCAACAAGCGGCCUAUAAUAAAAUCCCAAGCCUUUGUCUCGAGGACAAGCAUAAUAAAUAAGGAGCUGAAGCUGUGAGAAGAAGAGGCACGAGAGGUAGAGCUACAGGAAACAAGGGGCUUAGUGAAAAAUGGGGCAAUGCGGACUGAAGUGCUCCGGUUCCAUGUGAGAUCAAAAGGAGAGGCAACCACGAGGACGAACAAAAGGGCAGCUGGAGGAGGAGGCGGAGGAGGAGAGGGAGAAGGAGGAGUGGAUUUCAGGAGAGAAGUGUGCAUAACCUGGGAGACAAAGGGAUGGCCAAUGGCAACGAGACCAGUGAGGGGCUCGGCGGUCCCCUGGCGGCGGUGGUGGCCACGACGGGAGGAAUGGCAGUCGGGGGCCCAUCGUCAGCUGUGUCCACCUACAUCAAACUGGUCCUACUGGGGCUAAUCAUCUGCAUCAGCCUGGUGGGGAACCUGGUGGUGUCUCUGCUGGUCCUCAGGGACCGGGCACUGCACAAGGCCCCCUACUACUUCCUGCUGGAUCUGUGCCUGGCCGACACCAUCCGCUCGGCCGUCUGCUUCCCCUUCGUGCUGGUGUCCAUCAAGAACGGCUCGGCCUGGACCUACAGCGUGCUCAGCUGCAAGGUGGUGGCCUUCAUGGCCGUGCUCUUCUGCUUCCAUGCCGCCUUCAUGCUGUUUUGCAUCAGCGUGACGCGCUACAUGGCCAUCGCCCACCACCGCUUCUACUCCAAGCGCAUGACCUUCUGGACAUGCGUGGCGGUGGUGUGCAUGGUGUGGACGCUGUCAGUGGCCAUGGCCUUCCCACCUGUCUUUGAUGUGGGCACCUACAAGUUCAUCCGUGAGGAGGAUCAGUGCAUCUUCGAGCACCGCUACUUCAAGGCAAACGACACACUGGGCUUUAUGCUGAUGCUGGCUGUGCUGAUCCUGGCCACGCAUGUGGUCUACAUGAAACUGCUGCUCUUCGAGUACAAGCACCGCAAGAUGAAGCCCGUUCAGAUGGUGCCAGCUAUUAGCCAAAACUGGACCUUCCACGGGCCUGGCGCCACCGGCCAGGCAGCAGCCAACUGGAUCGCAGGCUUUGGUCGGGGCCCCAUGCCGCCAACCCUGCUGGGCAUCCGGCAGAACUUGCACAACCAGAACCGGCGCCUGUUGGGCAUGGAGGAGUUCAAGGCGGAGAAGCAGCUCGGCAGGAUGUUCUACGUGAUCACCCUGUUGUUCCUGGUGCUGUGGUCACCCUACAUAGUGGCCUGCUACUGGCGGGUGUUUGUCAAGGCCUGCACCAUACCGCACCGGUACCUCUCCACCACCGUAUGGAUGAGCUUUGCCCAGGCAGGGGUAAACCCCAUUGUCUGCUUCUUCCUCAACAAGGACCUGAAGAAGGGGCUCCUGGCACACCUGCCAGCCAGCUGUAGGACUAAACCUCAUCUGCCCCGAGAGCCUUAUCGCGUCAUGUGA